CUUGGGUGUUCGUUCGUUCGGGUGGGAAAGCAGCUUGUUGACGAGGUGAAGAUGUCUGGAAAGGGCAAGAGAAAGAUGAGCGAUGAGCUUGACCAGUCUGCGGCUUCCGACGGUCCGCCAGAGGGCGGCGUGAAAGAUGUCAAGCCAAAGAAGACAAAGACGACCAGCACCGUCAAGAGAGCCCUCCAUUUCCCUGAAACACGCGUGCGCAAGAUGAUGCGGAUGGCCAACUCGUCGGAACGAUGCUUCAAGAGGGAGGUCAGCAAGUAUGUGCUCUGCCUGCGGCCGCCCACACACACGCACUGGUUGCUUCUGGCUUGCUUUCCUGCGGCAGAUGUCGUUUCUCAUUUGUCGAGCAGCGGUGAGCCGAGUGCAGUGCAUGCAGCGAGAGGCCGGCCACCCUGAACGAAUUGUGAAUGGAUAAACUGAUGCAUUGCAUUUCAUUGUGAUUCCAGGAGAUGUUCCUCGCCAAGCUCACCAGGUACGGACACACACGACACAUAAAAACAUAGUUCCGCUUCCCGCCGCAGGGCAGGGCCCGUGCGUGUCAUUAAGAUCAGGCAGUGAGUGGUUGCCGCUGUUGCUGCGGUGUUUGUGUGUUCAGGGACGUUAUCGACACGUGCCAUGCCGUGCCCAAGGACAUCAACAUCAUCCGCCUGGUGUGCACCAUAGUACACAAGCAUACCUUGUGUGUCGACCCAUUGUAUUCAGUCAUACCACGUGUCGACCUGGUUGGUCGAUGGGUGUGUGUGUUGUGUGCAGCACCACCUGAUCUUGACGUCCCGCUCGUGGGAGCGCUACACGUUCCUCGAAGAGCUGUUCCUCUCACCCACACAAUUACAUGAAUGAGAAAUGAAUCCUAUGCUGCCAUGCCAGGUGUCUGUCUGUAAGCCAGCUGACUGACUGACAGUGACUGUGCCUGCCUGCACCUCACCUGCCUGGCGACUGUAAUUAAUGUAAUGUAAUAAAUGUAUGUACAUCAAUCCAGUCUGUCUG